AUGGCCCUCCGGAACAUCGUCCUUGCAGGCGUAAGCGGCAACCUCGGCCCGGCCAUCCUGUCCGCCGUCUCCUCCUCCCCAUCCAUCAACGUGACUGUCUUCACCCGGCCCGGCUCCUCGCCCACGGUGCCCUCCGGCGUCAAAACCGUCGAAGUAAAUUAUGACUCCGUCGACGACCUAACCAAGAAUCUCAACGGCCAAGACGCCAUCGUCUCAACAAUCCCGCCCACCUCCGCGACCGCCCAAACAAACCUUAUCCACGCCGCUGUCGCUGCCGGGGUUAAGCGCUUCCUCCCCUCGGAGUUUGGGUCAGAUCUGCAUAACCCGCUCAACCGGGCGGCACCAGUGUAUGCCGAUAAAAUCAAAGUGCAGGAGUUGCUAAGCUCCCUGGCUGCGGAGGGGAAGAUUACCUACACGGUCGUGUAUAACGGGAUGUUCCUGGACUGGGGACUCCAGUUUGGGUUUCCCGUUAACCUGCGGAAGAAGACUGCUGUGUUGCAUGAUGGCGGGGAGAGGUUAUAUACCACAACCACCCUGGCGGGUGUGGGGAAGGCCGUUGUGGGUAUUCUGAGUCAUCCCGAGGAGACGAAGAAUCGGGUCGUGAGGGUUGGAGAGGCCGUUACGACAAUCAAGGAGCUUCUAGCCCUGUCGCAGGACAUUGUGGGGGGUGAGGAGUGGACGAUUACAAAGCCUGAUACAGCUAAGGAGGCUGAGAAGGCGCUUGUGAAGAUUAAACAGGGGGUAUUUUCGCACGAGACUAUCUUGCCGUUUAUUUAUAGGGCUGUUUGGGGGAAGGAGAAUGGGGGACAUUUUACCACCACGGAUAAUGAGUUGCUUGGAAUUAAGGAACUCGACAAGGAAGGUCUGCAGAAGGUUAUUCAGGAUGUUGUUGAUGGGAAAUAA